AUGUCUCAGUGCUGCUUAUCUGGAUUCAAAUGGGAUGGUAAGCCCAUCGGUGAAGAGACCAAACUGGGCAAGAACGACACCUAUGUCACCGGUUCCAACAAAGAGGUCGCUAUCCUCAUGAUCCACGACGUCUUCGGGUGGACCUUUCCCAACGCCCGCCUCCUCGCCGACCACUACGCCAAGGAAGCAGAUGCCACCGUCUAUCUUCCGGACUUCUUCGACGGUGAGGUCGUCACCCCUGGCGCAAUAGAGGGCGGCAAGUUCGACCUGAUGGCAUUCAUCGGUCGUCACUCCAAGGACAUCCGCUUCCCCGAGAUCGAAACCUGCGCCAAAUCUUUAAAGCAAGAGCAUGGCUUCAAGAAGCUCGGUGCGAUUGGAUUCUGCUAUGGUGGAUGGGCCGUCUUCCAGCUCGGAGCCAAAGGCAAAAACCUAGUGGACUGCAUUUCGAUCGCGCACCCCUCCCUCCUCAAAAAGGAGGAAAUCGACGCCGUCGGCGUCCCGGUGCAGAUCAUCGCCCCGGAGAACGACCCACAGCUGACACCCGAACUGAAAGCGCACGCGAACAGCGUAAUCCCGAGCUUGAAUCUCGAAUACGACUAUCAGUAUUUCCCCGGAUCGAACCACGGUUUCGCCGUUAAGUGCGAUCAGAGCGAUGUAAAGCAGAAGAAGGCGUUGGAGAGGGCAAAGAAUGCGGCUGUGGGGUGGUUUGCGCAGUUUUUGCAUCUGCAUUAG